AUGUAUGGUACAAAAACUACUCGCUGUAUUCGCAAUAGGCAAGCUUUACCUUAUGGAGGCAUGCCUUCGUCUGCAUUAAAUAGGAAAAUGGAAGAAACCGAUCCACUCCUUAUUGAUGCCAUUGCCCAAGUGGAUGCUUUCCAUGAUCAUGAAGAUUAUUAUACUGACUAUGUGCGCAAACAGAUCAUUGAUCGAAGGUUAGAAGAACCCUGGCUAGAGAGUGAUCUAUCAUGCAAAGAUCUAGCGCAUUCACAAUCUGUCUUGAAUCUGCGAUAUCAUGGCUCUCGGGGUCAAGUUGCCAAUCCAGUGCGUCAUCCCGAAUUAUCUUUAGUUCAAGCGAUGGGGGUUAAUGCCGACACUCAAGUUCCUGAAAGGCCAUGGUCUGAACAAGCCAUCAGAAUUGGGCGUAAUAAGAUACAUAAUCAACUUAAGGAUAAUACUCAUGUUUUCUCUACACAAAAAGAAGGCAAAAUUAAUGAAGUGGGCCCACUUAGUGAAACUAAUUAUGCGGGACAUACGAUAAUGCAAAAUCCUGAAAAGUGGCAAAAAAAACUUUCCGGAAGAGAUUAUCGGGGAACUGAAUUGCCUGUACAAAAAUAUGGCAAG